AUGGCCCAACCGAGGCGCCGCGCCCACCCGCGCGGCGGGCACACCGCGUGCCCGCGCCGUGGCGCCCUGCCGGCGGUGGCGGCGCUCCUCCUGCUCUUCCUCGCCGUCUCGCUCCUCGCCAUCGCCAUCUCCGCGCCGCGGGUCGCGGACCGCCGCCCCGGCGCCUCCUCCCGCCGGUCCCUCCGCCACCCUCCGCCAAGUGGAUGGACUGCGCGAGACGGUCUCUGGGGUUCACAGCUCGCUACCAACUUCUAUGGAUGCAGUAACGCUAGCCGUAAAUUCCUUGAUUCCAGUAUUGCCACACAAUCCGAUCGAUAUUUGAUUAUUGUUACAAGUGGAGGUCUGAAUCAGCAGAGAACAGGGAUAGUUGAUGCUGUAGUUGCUGCACGUAUUUUAAAUGCUACACUUGUUGUCCCCAAGUUGGACCAGACAUCUUUCUGGAAAGAUUCAAGCAAUUUUUCCGAAAUCUUUGAUAUCGACUGGUUCAUUUCAUUUCUUGCGAAGGAUGUCAAAAUUAUCAAAGAACCUCCAGAAAAAGGAGGGAAAGCUGUGCGACCUUAUAAAAUGCGUGUCCCCCGGAAAUGUACUCCACAAUGUUACUUGAAGCGUGUCUUGCCUGCACUUCUGAAGAAACAUGUUAUUCGGAUGACGAAAUAUGACUACAGGCUCUCAAAUAAAUUGGACACUGACCUGCAAAAACUGCGUUGCAGAGUAAAUUACCAUGCUUUGAGAUUUACUGAUCCAAUACAAAAAUUGGGUGAAAAGCUAAUACAAAGAAUGCGAGAGAAGAGCAGAUAUUUUAUUGCUCUUCAUUUGAGAUUCGAAAGUGAUAUGCUUGCUUUUUCUGGGUGUUACUAUGGUGGUGGAGAAAAGGAGAGGAGAGAUCUAGGUGCCAUUCGCAAGCGAUGGAAAACCUUGCAUACAAGUAACCCAGAGAAAGGAAGAAGGCAAGGUAGAUGCCCACUAACUCCUGAGGAGGUAGGGCUGCUGUUGCGGGCAUUAGGCUAUGGAAGUGAUGUCCAUAUCUAUGCUGCUUCUGGUGAGAUAUAUGGAGGGGAAACUACAUUAGCACCCCUCAAGGCGCUCUUCCCGAAUUUCCAUACAAAAGAAUCAUUGGCAAGCAAAGAUGAGUUGACUCCGUUCUUGACACACUCAUCUCGCAUGGCUGCAAUUGAUUUCAUUGUUUGUGAUGGAAGUGAUGCUUUUGUGACUAACAACAAUGGCAACAUGGCUAAAAUACUUGCUGGGCGAAGGAGAUAUUUUAGCCACAAGAGAACAAUCCGCCCAAAUGCUAAACAGCUCUACCCGUUAUUUAUGAAUAGGGGGAACAUGUCAUGGGACAAAUUCUCCUCUCAGAUGAGAAUACUCCAGAAAGGAUUUAUGGGAGAUCCCUUGGAAGUCAUGCCAGGAAGAGGUGAAUUCCAUGCCAACCCUGCUGCAUGUAUAUGUGGAAAGACCGACCAAAAUUCAGUAGUCAAAUCAAUUCCUGUUAGUAAUCGUCAGGAAACCAUAGAUAGCACUGGAAUAAGGAAGGCCAUUGGCGAACCAGCAUAUCCUAUUUACAUCGACGAAGAGGUGGAUGGGUCAGACUCUGAAGAAGACCCCACAGGGGCAGGAGAAGAGACGAUUACUGAGGAUGAUCUCAAUGCGAGAGAAGAGAUGAUUGCUGAAGAUGAUCCUGCUGCAACAGGAGAGAUGGUUGACACCGAGGCUGACGAUGAAUCGUUGUCCAAGCAGGAGGAUUCUGAGCUGGAGGAGAUCCUUUCAGAUUAGUUUGAGUUAUUAUUGUGCAGCUAAAAGAAACUAGUUAAGUUAUGCAGAUCUGACUUUGCAUACAUGUGUUGUAUGUGGUAGCAAGUGAUGGACUUUGACCCCUCCAGAAUAUAGAAUAGAUAGAUCUGCAGACUCUGGUGUACAUAGAUCAUGCAGUGGAGCUGUACAGGCUCUCCUCUCCCCCCUCAGCUCAACAAGGGUGGCCUCAAUUGGCGUCUCCAGUAGUUUCCUGAGAUUUUGUAAUAUCAGGUUCCUUGCCCUUAGUUUCUGGAAAUAUGUUGGUUCUUC